UCACAACCUCAAGAGAGAGAGAGAGAGAGAGAGAGAGAGAGAGAGAGAGAGAUCUUCACAAAACUAUGAUCUGCUCCAAUGGUUUACCGAGUAAAUGUGCAGGAUUAAUUUGCAGUCUACGGAUUUGUGGCGCACACGCUAUUCAUCAGACGGAUUCUUAAUCCCGAUUGCUUGUUUUCUCAGAGAGACAUUUAUCUACAGAAAUCUAAAUUAAAGCAGACGAAGGUGAUUAUUGUGUGAAUACUCGAGCAUCACAGGAUGGCUGAUGGCAGCGCUGAAUGCAACAUCAAGGUGUUGUGUCGCUUCCGACCCUUAAAUCGCUCUGAAAUUCUCCGUGAGGAUAAAUUUAUCCCUUCAUUUCAAGGAGAUGAUACUGUCAUCAUUGGGAGUAAGUCGUUUGUCUUUGACAGAGUUUUUCCUACAAACUGCACGCAGGAGCAGGUGUACAGCGCCUGUGCUAAGCAGAUUGUCACAGAUGUUUUGGACGGAUACAACGGCACCAUCUUUGCUUACGGACAGACAUCUUCUGGUAAAACUUACACCAUGGAGGGAAAACUACAUGAUCCUAACGGCAGGGGAAUCAUUCCUAGGAUUGCUGAAGACAUCUUUAACCACAUUUACACCAUGGAUGAAAACCUGGAGUUUCACAUUAAGGUUUCAUAUUUUGAAAUCUACAUGGAUAAAAUUCGUGACCUACUUGAUGUGAGUAAGACAAACUUGGCUGUUCAUGAAGAUAAGAACAGAGUUCCCUAUGUGAAGGGCUGUACCGAGCGUUUUGUCUCCAGUCCUGAAGAAGUGAUGGAUGUCAUCGAUGAGGGAAAAAGCAAUCGGCACGUUGCUGUUACAAAUAUGAACGAGCACAGCUCCAGGAGUCACAGCAUAUUUCUCAUCAGCAUCAAACAAGAACACGUAGAGACCGAACAGAAACUCUGUGGUAAACUUUACCUGGUGGACCUCGCUGGAAGUGAGAAGGUGAGUAAGACGGGAGCUGAAGGUUCAGUCCUGGAUGAAGCCAAGAACAUCAAUAAAUCUCUGUCUGCAUUAGGAAAUGUUAUAUCGGCUCUGGCUGAGGGCACAAAGACUCAUGUACCAUACAGAGACAGUAAAAUGACUCGGAUCCUGCAGGAUUCACUGGGAGGAAACUGUAGAACCACCAUGUUUAUCUGCUGCUCACCAUCAUCCUUCAAUGAUGCUGAGACCAAAUCUACACUCAUGUUUGGACAACGUGCAAAGACUAUAAAGAACUCAGCGUCUGUGAAUGUGGAGCUCACCGCUGAGCAGUGGAAGAGAAAAUAUGAGCGAGAGAAAGAGAAGAACAAGAACCUGAAGGAGAAUCUACUGAGACUGGAGACAGAACUUCAAUGCUGGAGAAACGGUGAAUCUGUAUCAGAGAUGAAGCUCAGUGGUGUUAUUCCUCCUGAUUCUGAUCUUAAUGAUGAAACACAUCUAGACAAUCACAACAAUACUCAAACAAACUCAACAUCUGACAAACUCCCAGAGGAUGAAAUACAAAAUCUCUACAAACAACUCGAUGACAAGGACGAUGAGAUUAAUUUACAAUGUCAGCUGAUCGAGAAACUAAAGAAACAAAUGCUGGAUCAAGAAGAGCUGUUAGCAUCAUCUGAAGGUGACAGUGAGCGUGUGCAGUCUGAAUUAAGUCGUCUGCAGAGCGAGAGCGACAGCGCUAAAGCAGAAGUUAAAGAAGUUCUUCAGGCUCUUGAGGAGCUUGCUCUCAACUAUGACCUGAAGAUCCAAGAGGUUGAAGAUAAGAGCGUCCAUAACCGACUGCUCACAGAAGAACUCGCUCACAAAACUUCAGAUGUCAUGUGUUUGGAGGCGGAGUUUUCACGGCUACAGGAAGUGAGCGGUCAGCAGAGGAAACGCAUCACUGAAGUGUUAAACACCCUCAUGAAAGAUCUCAAUGAUUUCAGCCUUAUACUGGGAAAUGAGGAUAUCAGACUGCCGUGUGAUCUAUCAGGUGUGUUGGAGGAGGAGUACGCUGUGGUUUGUGUGUAUGUUAGUAAAAUUAAAUCUGAGUUAAAGUCGAUGGUGAAGCGCUGCAGACAGCUGGAGAGUCUUCAGUCUGACUGUCAUCGUAAGAUGGAGGAGACGGGUCGAGAACUGUCAAGCUGUCAGCUGCUCAUAUCACAGCAUGAGGCAAAGAUACGCUCCUUGACAGAGUACAUGCAUAAUAUUGAACUCAGAAAAAGACAACUGGAGGAGAAUUAUGACUGUCUGAGUGAAGAACUCGCCAAACUACAAACUACAGAGGAUCAACAGCACACUGAGGAGACUGGACGUGUGAAGAAAAGCGACGUUCAGCGUGAACCUCAACACAAGCAGCUGGGACGUCUGCGUGAUGACAUCAACCACAAACAGAAGAUCAUCGAUGAGCUCAGAGAUGAUAAUCAGAGGAUGGGUUUAGAGUUGGAACAGAUGAGAGUCGAGUUUACUGCGCUCAAGAACCGAGAACACGAGAGGAGCAUUCAGCUGAAGGAACUCAAAUAUCUGAAUGAACGUCAUGAGCAGGCUAAACAGGACAUGAAGGGUUUGGAGGAGACGGUUGCCAAAGAACUUCAGACUCUUCACAACCUGAGGAAGCUGUUUGUUCAAGACCUCACGACUCGAGUUAAACGGAGCUCUGAGAUGGAUCCUGGUGAUAGUGGAAGCUGUUCAACCCAAAAACUGAAGAUUUCCUUUCUUGAGAACAACCUGGAUCAGCUUACAAAAGUUCACAAACAGCUGGUUCGUGAUAAUGCAGAUUUGCGUUGUGAACUUCCGAAGCUGGAAAAACGUCUUCGCUCUACGGCUGAGAGAGUUCGUGCUUUGGAGGAGGCAUUGAGGGACACAAAAGAAGGAGCAAUGAAAGAUCGCCAUCGCUAUCAGCAGGAAGUCGAGCGCAUUAAAGACGUCAUCAGGGCCAGAAAUCCAUUUAGACGACCUCACGCCGCUCUGAUUGCCAAACCGAUUCGUCCAGGUCAUUAUCCCGCCUCCCUGUCUGUCAAUCAUAUGUUUUCGCACAGCAGAGAUCAGCCAAUCACCUUCAACAAUGCGAUAUUCAACAGCAUCACUCAAAAAAACAAAUCAACAUCAGCAAAACCUGAGACGAGCACCAGGCUGUCAGAGGAAGGGAGACACAUUACAGUAAAUCCAACUGAAACCAUGAACUCGACUCAGACCCUGAACAUCUCUAACGUGAAGAAUCUUCAUCCAUCACUGAUGAUCAGAUCAGAUCAACUUCAUCAGAAACACAACGUUCAUGAACAACAACAACACACUGUCAGUUAAACACAGAUUUGACUGAAUUCUCUUCAGUAUGUUUGCAUGUUGGUUGCCUGCCUUCAUAUCUCAGUGAUGCUCUGUAUAUCUUUCAUAUAACACACACACACACACACACACACACACACACACACACACACACACACACACACACACACACACACACACACACACACACACAUGCACAGGCACGCACACACUUUCAGUAAAUAACACAAUGAAACGGUUUGUGAUGUGAAGAGAAACAUCAAACACAUGGCCAGCAGAGGGCUCUGUACUUCUUAAAUGUCACUCAGUCUAAUGUACAGUACUGUAAAGUGAUCCUCUCAUGUACAUUAUGUGUAAGAUAAUGUAGUGUAAGGGUGAAAUGUGUUUUUAAGUGAAUUAAAUCUGAUAAAUAUGGUCAUUCUCACAAAACAACAUAUUUCAGAAUGUAAAAUGUUUAUUACAGACCUGUCGUGUAUCAGGAUUUAUUGAUUAUUUCUAAACUUUAACACUGCAAUACUUUAGUCACAGUUAGUAUUAAUAAUAAUACUAAAAAGCUGAAUAUAUAACUAAACUUAAUAUAUGUUUAAGAUCAGCGUCACCCAACCCGUCCCUGGAGGCACCAACAGUGCACUUUUUGGAUCUGAUCCCAUUAUUUCCCAUGAGCUGAUGAUUGCAUCCAGGUGUGUUUGAAUGGGAAAAGUUGGGAAAUGUGUAGUGCUGCUGUGCAUCCAGGAACAGGGUUGGGAAAUACUGCUGUAGAUGACACAUUAAGCUAUCCACUUUUAAACAUUACUGUUCAUGGUUAAAGGUCAGUGCAUAUCCAGAAAAAUGUCUAGCGAAUACUGCAACAUCAUUGUGUUUACAGAAGUUGAAAUAUCAAUCAAAUAUUCAUAUAGUAAUACACUUAAUAAACAUGAGCAGAUUAUUAAUUCCUGAGAAUGACUAAAAUAUAAACCCACAGACGUUAUCAUGUCUAACUGUUUAAUGUGAAGUUCUGUAGCUAUUUGUAUGUAUUUGUUAAUAUUUUUAUAUUGAAAUGACAGAGUAACAUUACAUUAGGCUGUGUAUUUGUUAUGCACAGAUAUUAUUUAGUUGUUUUAUCAGUAUUGUUGUAUAAUUACAAACUAUAGAGAGAGUUGGAAAACUGUUUGUGAUAUUUAUUAUUUAUAAAAGUAUGAGAACUGAAUGAAGCGGGUCAGAUGAUCACAUAUAUUAAUAUUAUAAAAAAAGAGGAAGAAAGGUCAAGUAGAAUUGAAUUUUCUACAAUCAUGAUUUGAUACAUGACAUGUCAUUUACAGUAAGUGGGUACGGUCCAUAAGAUUUAUAAGAAGUUAUGAAGAAGGUGACUCACACAGUUGAAUCAAGAAUAUCAAAGAGACUAACCAACAUUAUUAUCUUAUGUAUACAGUGUUUUAUCCCAAAGGUUUCUAAUGGAAAACUGUACUUUGCUACAAAUUUGCCCCACAGGAUUGCCCAAACUCACAAAAUUGAUCAGACACAUCAGUCAGUGUGACCUGUGAUCAGAUAAAGAAUCAUGUGGCAGAUUUCUAACUCUUUAUAUCCUGAUCUACCAGUCAAGAGAAAUCUGACAGAUACGAGUGCAAAUAUAUUUUCCUGAUUAUAAACACACAAUAAAUUAACCCUGCCCACAA